AUGUCGACCGGCGCGACAGAUCAUGCGAAUCGGGACCCCAUCUUUACGCAGUCUCACUAUCCCUUCAAAACUAGUGCGGAAUCAAGUCCGCAGCACAACCCGCAGAUGAGUGAGAUCGCACAUUCACAAUCGGCGGGCCCCAUUGCAGGUGGCACGGCCCUGAAGAAGACCCUCAAUACAAGUGCAGAUGGACAAAAAACUGGUAGUCCGGUCAAGACGCGGAGUUUGGACUAUAUCUUGCGAAGUGGUCUAGCUGGAGGACUGGCUGGUUGUGCGGCCAAAACUGUCGUUGCGCCACUCGACCGAGUCAAGAUUCUUUUCCAAGCCUCAAAUCCACAAUUUGCCAAAUAUACAGGCAGCUGGGCAGGCCUGGCGGCUGCCAUCCGGGACAUCAAGCGCCAUGAAGGCACCCGCGGCCUCUUCAAAGGCCACUCAGCCACACUCCUUCGAAUUUUUCCCUACGCCGCAAUUAAAUUCCUUGCCUAUGAGCAGAUUCGUGCUAUCGUGAUCCCCUCCCACGAUAAAGAAACCGCCUUUCGCCGCUUGAUAUCCGGUAGUAUGGCCGGUAUCACGUCCGUCUUUUUCACAUACCCACUAGAACUGGUCCGAGUACGGCUCGCCUUCGAAACUAAGCAAUCAUCACGGUCAUCAUUAAGAGGUAUCUGUCGCCAAAUCUACAAUGAACACGUUAUCCCCCCCUCUACGGGCGCAGCCGCAACAUCCAAAGCACCCUCUUCCACCGUCGCCGCCGCCGAAACCGUCUCUUCAGCCGUGAACUCGGCCGUACCACGUUCAGGCUUUGCGAAUUUCUACCGUGGCUUCGCCCCAACCAUCCUUGGCAUGCUUCCCUACGCGGGCAUGUCGUUCCUCACACACGACACUGUCGGUGACUGGCUUCGUGAUCCGUCAGUGGCGCAAUACACCACCAUCCCCGACUCACAAGUCACAUCUUCCAACAAGACCUCUCGACGACCUCAACUAACAGCCGCCGCGGAAUUAUUCUCAGGUGCCGUUGCCGGUCUUGUCUCUCAAACCUCCUCAUAUCCACUUGAAGUUAUCCGACGACGAAUGCAGGUCGGCGGUGCAGUCGGGAAUGGCACCCGGUUCGGAAUUAUCGAAACAGGCCGCAAGAUCUGGCUUGAGCGUGGAUUCCGCGGUUUCUGGGUUGGCUUAACUAUUGGCUAUAUGAAGGUUGUUCCUAUGGCAGCCACCGCUUUCUUUGUUUAUGAGCGGUUAAAGUGGGCACUGAGCAUCUAA